UCGUUCGCCGCAAAAUCCCGGUGGACGUUCGCGCGACCCACCAUCUCACACAGGUUGUGGCGUACCAGAGGGUCGCGCUCGCGGCGGACCGUGCGGCACAGCAGCAGCUAAGCUCGUGGCGAUGCAGGCGCGCCCACACCCCGCGUGCCUGCCGGGCGGCCGUCCGCUGCCGGGCCUGACAGUGGCGGGCGGCCGGUGCAGGUGCAGCGGCCUCCUCCCCUCGACAGGCCGCAUCAGCAGGCGGGCUCCCGCCGGCCGAGGGGUUGCCACCAGCGUUUGCGCCGUCGACGGGGCUUCCGCCGCGGCCGCCGUCGCCGCGGCCGCCGAUGCCCCGCUCCCGCCCCAGCAGGUCACGUGGCAGAUCGUCGUCGGCGCCGUAGCUGGAGUGACGCCUUUCGUCGUUGCAGGGAUCGAGUUCAGCAAAAGAAUCUUCGCGCAAAAGAAAUGUGAGGUCUGUGGAGGUUCUGGCCUGGUAAUGAAGAAGGACUAUUACGUUCGGUGCCAGGGGUGUGGUGGUUUUCUUCCAUGGCAGUCUUGGAGAAGAUUCUUCACGGGCUGAACGCGCUGUCGUCUAGCCCCCUGGCCCCUGAUCAUCGGUACUUUUACUAGCGCUGUUGCUAAAGAUGGAUAUGGGGAUAUAGGGAAAUUUGUGAGAUACAAGUUGAGCUACUUUGUGCUUCAAGUGUCUUGUCACUAAACCAAGCAGUAUAGGCAUGUAGAAUUGCUCGUGUAUGCCUUCGACUUGCACACAGCCAAAUCGGUGCCGUUUGGGAUAUCUCA